AUGGUGCGGACCAUGAGACCCGACGACAUCAACCCCCGGACCGGGUUGGUGGUGGCUCUGGUCAGCGUCUUCCUGGUGUUCGGCUUCAUGUUCACCGUGUCUGGCAUCAAGGGGGAGACCCUGGGGGACAUUCCGCUGCUGGCCAUCGGACCGGCCAUCUGCCUGCCAGGCAUCGCCGCCAUCGCCCUCACCAGAAAGACCGACGGCUGCACCAAAUGGCCCAAGAACAAGUGUCCGUGUUGCAAGCAAGUCAAGGACCGGGAUGUCAUGGAGCUGCUGAGGACACCCUCAGACCUGGAGUCUGGCAAGGGGAGUUGUGAUGAGCUCGCCAAGAAAGCAUACCAGAAGGACAGAAGAGUGCUACGGGGCGAGGACUCCGUGUCCAUCUGCACCACCACCACCACCACCACCAUGGGAGAGUGCAAGAGCCUCAUCAGAAAGGUGGAGCAGGAGGAGAUGCUGAGAUACCUGGAGAGCUGUUACCCAGAGAUGCCAGGGAAUGUAUUUGCGGGAGAUGGCUCCACGUGCAGUGCCUUGGAGAAGAAGAGCUCUUCUCCCACCAGGGACGGUGCCACUUGCCCUGACAUUGAAGACAACAUUUUUAUUGCUCCUAAAGACAGUAUCAUUGUCUGCUCUUACAAGGAGAACAGCCCUUAUGACAGAUACUGUUGUUACAUAAACCCUACUGGAGUUAACUCAGACCAGGAGACCAUAGUGUGA